AUGAUCAUGGCAACUGCCUCAAAAACCCGAAAGCCCAGAACUAAUAACUUUACCUCGAUUUUGGACCUGUUCCUAGAAAAAUAUAACUUGUCCACCAAAUCUAGCCCAUCUCAAUUACGUGUCUAUGCUAGUGAACUCGGUGCCAUGUUACCAGAUUGGAAAGCUCGCAAAAGUGUGAAAGAAGCUCUUCGCCGACGCUUAUUCAAAGAAGACCAGAUCAAGGCUCUUGUACCGGAUAAAAGGAAUGAAAAACUUACUAUCAAAGAGAGAGCUCAAUACUGUGCGAAAUCUGGAGAUCCAUAUGAUAUUUACUUACAUGCUUUAGAUUUAAUCAAGACAAAAAAUGAUAGUGAUGAAGAAAUUGUCGCAUCCAGCUCACGUCUUACAUUAUUUCGUAAGGAAUUGAAAGAAGCUGGAGUUGAUUCUAAAGUAAUUGAUAUAUAUGCUAAAUUUUCAGCACUUACUCAAGAUUCUAACGAAAUUCAGAAGAAGCAACUUGUACAGCGAUUACCCAAUGCUCCUAAAACCCCUAAACACUUCUCCUUAGAGGAGGGACUUAGAAGAAUUCAAAAUAUUGAUACUACUAAAAUUCCCACUAUGCAGGAUCUUGCGGAUGUGAUUAUGAUGUUGAGCAUGAGACCCGCUGAAGUUACUACUCUACGUAUUAUCCAUUGUGAACCAGACCCUCCGGAGUGGUAUAAACCCGGUUAUUCUUGGUAUUGUACAGGAUAUAUUAAGAAUAAGGGAGAAAAUAAGGUUAAUCCUGAGCCUCGACAAUUCCUUUCCAUGGAAAAGGAUCCAGAACGUGCAAGAGAAUUACUUACUUGGAUUCAAGAUGCCAUAUCAAUGAAAAAGUUACGUGAUCCUGUAUAUAGUGAUAAUGGAAAACGCAAUAUUAGAGCAUUUAGCAAAUUUUUAAAUGCAUAUGGUAUUACUACCAAAAGAUUGAGAAAAAUAGGGAGUAAACAUGCUUCUAAAGUUCAUGGUAGUCAAAAUCCAACGGCCCAACAUCUUAAGCAAGACUUGGACGUGGAUCUAGAUAAUGAAAAUCUUAAAGUAAAAUUUGUUAAUGGCCUAUCAUUAGAGAAUAUAAAAUACGUAUAUUUCCGAAUUGACAAUAAUAAACCUCUGAAUGAAAUAAUCGAACGUUUAAAAAAUAUUGAAUUACCUCCUCCAGAUAAAACAGUUUCAAACUUCAUGCCAUUGUAG